GAUAGAGACGAUUAUAGAAGGCUGGAAACUCUUAAGGCAUCUAUUGUUAUAUUAAUUCAGCACUUCACACUUCCGUUGGCUACCGGAUUUAUUAUUAAGUGUUGGCUGUCAAAUGGAGAAGUGUUCGACUUCGAGAAUCGGUAACUGGCAACAUGUAAUAAACCUUUAUCACAGCAGUUGUGCUUGACACAUCCUCCUGGCGGUGUUAUUUAACGUGUUGGUGACGGUGUUAUGGCGGGAUGUGAGGCGUGGUAGACCAUGUCUUCUCUCACUCUGCUCAAGAAAUGCCUCAAGCCUCUUAUUGUACUCACAAAAGUACAGAAGAUAAUAAGUAGAGAAAGAAAAUGUGCUGAGCAGAGAUAGACAAUUUCCUUACGACCAACAAACAGUAAUAAGUGGAGCCAAAAUGUGUGAAUUGAGCUCUGAUAAGUCAGCCCCUCCUCAUCAUCAAAGGCCAAAUAUUCAUUCCAUACAAUCGUCAAGCCUCCCUGUUUAUUAAUGAAAAAUGUGUUACACGACUCACAACUAGUAACAUUCAAACAUUUCUUAAACAAUGCUUUGCUGGUGACCUCUUUUUCAAAUCACAACUCUGUAAAUGCUUCACACACAUACUACAAAUGCAAAUAAUUGUCAACAGAACUUAAACAUCUAACCCAACCUAUGCCUAAAUAUGCACAAUAUGCUAAUACAAAGUAAAAUUAACUUUGAGAAUAUUCUUAUUUUGAAUGAACAGCAUGUAAAAUUUAUGAAUGGGUCUUUGGGGCCGGCCGCUGGAUGGAAUAAACAUAGCCUGAGGAUGGGUUGGAUAAGUGUAAACACAAACUUGUGAAUGUUGAUAAAAUAAGUGCAACCGACUUUUGAGGGAAGACCAAUAUAAUGAGAUCACGUGACGGAACGAUGAGCCACUAACCAGCUAGCCAUGGGGACAGUACUAGGCUGCCAGGCAGAAAACAGUGGGGCCACCCCUGGGCCUCUUGCUGCUGAUGCUCCAGAAGGAAAUCCUCGGAACAAGACAGCUCUGAAGCCAGGUCGUAGUUUGAUGGACUGGGUUAAGCUGGGUCACUCUGGAACUGACCUAGCAGGCACCGGUGGACGAAUUUUGGAUAUAACUCCACAAGAUCUCGCUAAACACAACAAACAAAAUGACUGCUGGAUGGCACUCAGGGGUAAAGUAUAUAAUGUCACUUCAUAUAUGGAAUUUCACCCAGGAGGAGAACAAGAGCUCAUGCGAGGAGUUGGCACUGAUGCCACUGAUCUUUUCAAUGAGAUUCACAAAUGGGUUAACUUUGAGACAAUGCUUCAGAAGUGUCUUGUUGGGCGCUUAGUUGAGAGUCGCCCCUUUUUCCUCAAACCAAAUUUUUUGCCCCUUCUUAAAGGAAUAAAAGGCUCUAUUAAAUCAGAUGCUGCCCAAAAUCCCCUGCCUAAUAAGAACUUGCUGUCAGCCUCAACAUUAGAACCACCUAUGACUAGAAAUGCAAUAUCUCCAUUAGUAUCUCCCCUCACUCCAUCAACUCUACCUAAUCCAAAAUUUGACUGGUUUCAAACAAACACAUUGAUUAAUAUUGCCAUCUAUACAAAAUGGAAACACAUUACGAAGGACCAUGUUGUUGUAAUUAAAAAAGAAAAGGUGAUGAAGGUAGUGUGCUACAUCCAAGACAUGGUCUACACAGUACACAUUGAUCUCCAUAAACACGUUGCUGAAGAUUUUGAAUUGAAAACGGGAAGUAAUUCGGGUAAAGUGGAUAUACUCCUGAAUAAGAUGGAGCCAGGAGUGCGGUGGAGUGUUGUCGGAAAGACUUUAGAGGGACAUGGCAUUCACGUCAAGUCAAAGGAUAGAGAGAUUGAAUAUGUUACCUGUUCUUUGGCUGCUAAAGAAUCAAUAACUCAAGAUUCUCGAUUAUUUGUUAUACAAGUGCCUAAAUACACAUACCUACCUGUGCCUAUUGGAUAUCAUGUUUACAUUCGGUUACCUGGGAAAGACACAGUAAAGCCAUACACUCCAGUAGCCGCAUCCUUGAGUACAGCAGACCCAGAUGAAUCUGGGAGACAAAUACAUCUUUUUAUUAAGAUAUAUGAUGAAGGAGCUUUUACCCCAGCUCUGGAUGAACUUGCCUUAGGUUCAGAAAUAGAAGUGAGUCUACCAGAAGGAACAUUUACACAUGAUAAACUGACAACAGCCACGACUACAGCCACAGAUGUUGCACUGUUGGGUGCUGGCACUGGUAUUACACCUAUGAUCAGGGUGAUGUUGGAAGCCAUCAAGAAUGAGAAGAAAGUUCAUCUUAUUCUUUUUAAUAAAACUGAGGAAGAUAUACCAUGGAAAGAAGAAUUAGAUAAUUUAAUGGAAGAUCAUUCCAGUUUAUUGAAGGUGACACAUGUUUUAUCGAAGGCUAAUGAUUCCUGGUCAGGUCUUCAAGGACAUAUACGGCAGGAAUUGUUAGAGAAGCUACUGCCUGUGGGUAAUCAUGAGCAGACUAUAUACUUGUGCAUCUGCGGGCCUUCCGAGUUUACAAAACUUGGCAUCAAUUUGUUUAAGGAGCUUGGCUACAGCAGUGACAGCUUCCAUGCAUUCCUUGGUUAAAAGCUAGAAGGGUUAAGUUUCCAUCAGGAACGUGAUUCUGUACAACCUCAGGAAAUUCUUAGCUUGCAUAAAGUGAUUGUUGGUGUUGGUGACUAUGGAUCAGAACUAAUACAGUAUUAUAUAUUUUUUUUUUUGUGUUUGGUAACCAGUGACAAUCAGAAAUAAGAAUAUUAUAUAUUUUAUAUUGAGUACUGUAAUUGAAAUUCCUAUCUUAUCUUCAUCUGUCGUAUCCAGUCAAUAAUGUUUAAUUGUUCAACUUUCUGAAAUAUUUAUUUACACAUUUCCUCUCAUUUAAAGAUUAUAAGUCUGCUUCACAUGUCAUCCCCACAAGUUUGACUGUCCAAAAAUUGGUAGCACAUGUAUGUCAAUUAAGUUCCUUGUCCCUCGUGUUCACUCGUAUUAUCAUGUAUGUGAGGAUUUUUUGUACAAUCAAACACUCUCUGCUAUAACACACAGUAUUUGAUUAUUAUUUCAUUUUGUGUGUGCAUGUGCAUCAUGUGUGUAAUGGAAAAUUAUUACAAAUUAUAUUAUAAUUAUUUUUUGUGUAUUAUUUUGAGGUAUAAUAAUGUACUGUACUUUAGAAUGUAAAAAAUGUUUAAUACAUGACUGGGACAGCCUUUUCAAGUAAUUUUUGGUCAAAUGACUUGAUAUUUGCAGUGUGCUAACAAAAAUAUUCCGUUGAAAUUUGUGUUCCAAAAACCAAUACAAUGAUCCAUUACUUCAUUUUCCCCCCACUUUCAUGGAGUGGGCAGACACCCACUCGGAGAAAUAAAUGGGGAUAAUAUAGUACUGUACUGUCAAUGAGUGGUAUAAUGCAAUCAACAAAUGCUACCAGUGAGAAGUGCCACAGUGUCAGUGAAUGACUCUGUGCCACCAAUGACGGCUCCUGUAGUACUUUCCCAGGAGUGACAAACUUGAAAAUUAGGAGGUUGCUACAUGUAUAAACUGCAUGUAAGUGUUUGGUAUACAUAUGCAACAGAUUAUUUUGUAAUUUGUGAGCAUGUUAGAUUAUUUAUGUUGUGCUAAAAUAUGUAUAUAAUUGAGGAACAAAAGGUAUAGUACUGUGACCAAAAUACAUGCCCAGUAAACUGUGAAUUUAGGCUAAAAUUGGGUAACGUUUCAUUCUGUCCAGGACCAUUAUCAAGCCACCACCUGUGACAAUGGUCCCAGGGCGGACGGAAAUGAUUUCUGGUUUGUCCUCAAAUAUAAGAGUUUAUGCACGUUAUUUAUAUAGAGUAUUAUAGUAAUGAACAUUGUCUUCAGUAAAAAUUACUAUAUUUCAACCUGCCAAUUAAAUUUACACUUAAUGAAGCUAUCUGAUGAAUGUAUUGUAGAAUUCAAAUUAAGUGUUUAAAUAUAUUGUGGGGUAUAUUUUUCUUAGUAAAUUAAGAACCAUAUUCUUAAGUAAUUAUCAAAAGAAAGCACCAAGCUGGGAAGACUAUGUAACCAUAUUCUUAAAUAAAAUCAGUGUAAUAAGAUGUGUGGUCAAAUUACAUAGCAGAUAUUUUAAAUCCUAUACAGUAUUACUUUGAUGUGUACUUUCAGUUAAAUUUGUUAGAUGAAAUUUCAUAUAAAAAGCUAUAAAAUAAAUAAAUUUGAUAAAAUAAUUUCAUACACAGUACUAUACCAGUAAUUAUUCCUAUGAAUUUUUUUUAGCUCAGUGAUAGACUGAGCUAAAUUAUCAAGGCUAUUGAUAAGGAUAUUGAUAUAUAUUGAUAUAUCAAGAAUAUUGAUAUUGCUGUGUUAUCAAGGCUAAAGUAAACACUUUAAAAAGUCAAGAAAAAGUAAUUAAAGUAAAGAUACAAGCUGUUACUGUACUAAUAACCCAAAAUACACACAUGAAAUUAAAUGAGAGUGAAGAAGUUUCCGUUUGUCUCGAACCUUUAUUAAGUCAUGACAGGAGAGGGAGAGCAUAUCAAUGUAAGGCAAGAGGAACCACAAUGUCGUACUUUCAUUUCCUAUGUGUUUGAUUAUUUGUUUCUGUCACGUAAUUGUGACUUAUUUUCUGCAUACAAGCUGUUGUUUUAACUCAAAUUUCUUUCUUUCAGAUAAGAGAUUUAUAGAGUAUUCACUUUCUUAUACCAUAUAUUGUACAUUAUGAUGAUCACACUGUGUCUUACCAAUGUCAUGUUUAAGGACUUCACCAAUAUGUACACUGAAUCUAAGAUACUGAAAAUAGUUUUACAAGUCACCAUGGUUAAUUAUUUUUGGUGUUCAACUAUCAUAAUUUGGGACCUCGAAGGUUUUUAGACAUUUUAUCAUGAUGUUCUAAGACAGCAUGCUUGAAGUUUGUUACGGAAAGUUGCAAGACUUAGUACGUCUGAGGUUUGUUAUGGAAAACUCUGUUGCAGUCUACUUUUUCAUGCAGUAAUAUUUUGAGAGCUUAAUCACUUCAUGCAGAAUGGAAAAUAUGUCCCCAUUUCAGAUUCAUUCCAUUGCAUGUUCUCCAGCAGCUAUUCUAUUCAUCAUACAAGCAACUUAAUUUUCCUAUCUUGAAAGAAUACGUUAAAAAAUAUUUUCAAGGUUUAAAAAUUUCAUAAUGCUUUUGAGUACUAUUUGAACAUGUGCUCCUGGUCGUCCUGGAUACCAUAUUCAAGUACAAUACAGCACUUUGAGUAAAGCACCUAGAUGAAUAGUUACGGAAAAUAUUUUUACGAGAUUUGUCCACGACAAAUGGAAAGCUUUAUAUUUUUAUUGUAGUUCUGUAUAUUAAAAUGCCACCUUUGUGUUGUAAUAUCAAAUCCAAAUUUUAGAGAAUCUGUGGAUGUUUUAGUGCAAUGAAUUUAAACAUAUUUUGAGAAGUAGUGUAUGUUACAAUCUAUCACAAGUCACAACAUAAAAUGGUUGUUUAGAGAAUGUUUGUAAUUAAAAGAAUACUAGCU